CGGCUCACCCGAGUCAAGUGACCAGCCCCAGCUCACGCCGUGCCUACUACCUACCUGCCCCCGUAGCAGCCACGCCUCCGCAACCUCCGAGCCAGGCCGAUGUCGUCGCAGCGGCCGGGCCGCCACCAGCGGAGGGCGUCGCAGAGCGUGUUCGUGCUCCCGGAUAACCUCGCCGCCCUCGACGUCGACGCGCCAGCCGACGUCGGCGGGAAGGCCGGCACGGACGGCGCUGCGGCCGAGCUGCAGCAGGCGAGGCCGCCCGCGGGGCGCCACCGCCGGGCGAUGUCGGUGGCCGUGGCCUCCAGGGACCUGGAGCUGAUCGCGGAGGACAUCGGCAGCUACAAGCUCGGCGCGUAGAUCGACAAGGGCCGCGCGGUUCCACGUAGCGUCGUGUGCAUAUAGCCCUGCGGUUGAACGUACCGGAAGCUGGCUUUGAUCGAUGCUUAAAAGUGGCUCAAGUAUAAGGUCCUUUGCUCUCUUUUUUACUCACGCAUGUAAUAUUACUAUGCACCUUUUCGUCACGAUGAAGGACUCGAACUUUUAAUCGCAUAUGAACAUCAGUACCUGUACCUCUGUUCUGUAUAUCCCCGCAUGUUAUGCUUGACAGCACUACAGCAGGAUUUCUCUCACUCAUAUUCUGAUCGAGGACGAUUUGUAACCAGAAUAAGAAUGGGAUAGUUGCACCUGUUAUCUUUUUCGGAAGAAAAUCAGACGUUAUCUGAGUAGAAAAUGCCGAUGAGAUGCAGUUUCGACGUCCAUCGACCUUGGCUUAUGAUGUGAAGAUGCGUUAAAUUCUGGGAGUUGAAGCUGUGAAUUGGUGUUAGUUUUGUUCCAAAUUUCUUUGUUGGCUCUGAUGAUGCAAGCUGGUGAUUAACCCAACAAUAAGCUCAGUAACUCGAGCAUUUUUGUUGCUUUAUAAAAGCAGGUCAGUGCCAGCCGUCUAUAUUUGGACAGAGUAUUUUGCAUCGAAAUCGCUAGAGAUUCUCGGAGCAAUCCGCUCUCAGUUAAGUCUGAACCACUCAGUUAGUAAUCUGUAAUCCCUCCGAAAAAAAAUGUAAUCUGUAAUACCGUGGCAACAAGAGCACAGAAGAUUAAAGUAAGGAUUCCAUGUCCCUCGCUCGAGAAACAUGAGCAUGUUCGUCACGGAACCGGCUCAUCUGCAGUAGAGAAAGGAAGGCUCAGGUUGAACAGUAAUAGCGGGGCCUAUGUGAA